AUGUCCUCUGAAAAACCCAAAGACUCAGCCGAAGCAUCGUCGUCGCGAUCCGCCAUCACCGUCGCCGACCACAACCACAACCACCAGCAACCACCACCACCACAACCGGCAACUUUAAGCCGGUACGAGUCGCAAAAAAGGAGAGAUUGGAACACUUUUGGGCAAUACUUGAGGAACCAAAGACCUCCAGUUUCACUCUCACAGUGUAAUUGUAACCAUGUACUUGAAUUCCUUCGUUACCUCGACCAGUUUGGAAAAACUAAGGUUCAUUUACAUGGGUGUGUUUUUUUCGGGCAGCCUGACCCUCCUGCCCCAUGCACUUGCCCCCUCCGGCAAGCUUGGGGUAGCCUCGACGCUCUGAUUGGGCGGCUUAGGGCAGCUUACGAAGAAAAUGGAGGAUCGCCGGAGACAAACCCGUUUGGGAACGGGGCUAUUCGUGUUUAUUUACGCGAAGUUAAGGAGUGUCAAUCAAAGGCGAGAGGGAUUCCAUACAAGAAGAAGAAGAAAAAGAAGAACAUGAUCAAGCCUAAUCAUGAACUAAAGCCUCCCAAACAGUCCACUACUUAG